CGCAAUUAGACGCGCUUUUUUGGGUGUUGCGAUCUUCUUCACUUUGGUUGGAUCGGGUUCGGAAAAAAAGUGUGUUGCGUUUGUGAGAUUUGUGUAUUUCAGUUGGAACGAUAAGAUCAAGUGUGAAUUGCGUACUACUGAAAAGGAAGUGGAGAACAAGUUUCGAUCGAGGAUUGAACUUUAAUGACGGUUAAUUACGCGUUGAUUUGAGAAGAAAAAAGUAGCGCAAAAGAUCUUUCGUGACGCGCGACAGUUCGAUCGGGCGUUGAUCGUGCGAAAGAAGUGAAGAAUUUGAUAAUUGGAUAAGUGAUUUUCAAGGACUUGAAAAUGAGUUCGGCGUACAUGCAAUACAAUCCAUCGAUGAUGUACGGUGGAGGUUUGGAAUCAACGUACAAUCACUAUGGAGUCUCGACCGGUUCUCAGUGCUACGGCUACGCUACGGACGGAGCUUCCUCGGAAGGAUACCAUAGUCCGGGGCCGGUGCCAAGUCCUGAGUCCUACUACCCAUCUCCUGAAGAGACCAGUCCACCGAACUACGCUUACGGUUAUAACGGAACUGGUGGAUACGCUGAACCAUACUACAACUAUACGAGCGACAAUUUCAAAACCGCCAGUCCAACGAUCCCUAAACUGAUUCCAUCGAGCAGUGUCACGUCCAGUUCAAGCUUUGCCAGAUAUUCGAUAGAUCACCAUAGUAAACCGGCCAGCCUUGACAGGAUUUACAGUCCAUACACGAUCCCGUCGAAAACCAGUCGCAAUUUGGGAAUUUCCAGUCUGCCGUCCAGUUCACCGACCCCGAGCACCCUGAGUACUAGCAGUAGCAUUGAAUCGAGCAGUCUGGGUGCAAGUGCCGCAGGAAUCAUCGUCCAGCCUGAGGUUACCAAGAAACGACGAUUGGCAGCCAAUGCACGCGAGCGGAGGCGUAUGAAUAGCCUAAACGAUGCCUUCGAUCGCCUGAGGGAUGUUGUGCCUUCGCUUGGCAACGAUCGGAAGCUAUCCAAGUUCGAGACACUGCAAAUGGCCCAAACGUACAUUGCUGCUCUGAACGAACUUUUGUCGAGGAAUUGAGUCCCGGUGGAGGAGAUUUGCGAAGACUUUCCUGGAAGGUAAUUA